AUGAAUAUAAAGAAAAGUAAACAACAACGUUCAAGUAUUUCUCCAUGUCGAACGUUCGAUUCAUCGAAACAAAUUGAAGCAACGAGUGAAGAAGAAUUCAAAAGUAUUUUUGAAAAAGUCUCUUCUUCUUGUUUUUGUAUUAGUGGUGAUGGUGAAGGUAGUAAUCAUGGUGCUGACGGUGGUAAUCGUGGCGGUGGCAGUGAUGAUGAUCGUGGUGGUGAUGGUGGUAAUCUUGGCCGUGACAGAUGUGAUAUUAAUGAAGAGCUUUACGAUAAAGCUUGGAAGCAGUUCGAUACAGUUAGUCAGCGUUGUAUACUUGAGGUUCGUUGCUUUUUUCAUCACAAAGAAUUUUUUUAUAAAGAAAGAUUUUGUUUUAAAUUUAUCAAUGCCGUUAAUAGGGAAAGAAAUCAGCGUGGAUUGCGUGUUCAAUUUAUUCAUCAAUGUGGCAGAGUGUGGCAUCCGAUGAAAAUCAUUUAA